UCUCUAGUGGAAUCUCUUUCCUGCCGGCAACGAGUGAAGAGCGUUCUGGCUUUGGGAAUCAGGUUUCUCCAUUUUCUGAGAUGUGUAGUCAGAAGAAAAGAAAAGAUAUGGAAGCUGCUUGUACCUGGAGUUUAUUGUCUGAGAAGAAAUCUGCUUCAAGUUCUCUGGCUUCCUGUUCAAUGAAGGAUCCUACAGAUUAUCGGGAAAUGUACCGAAGACAUCUAAGAGAAAAAUACCUAAAAACAGGACCUGAUAAAUGUUUACCCCAUUGCAAGCAUAUAGAUACACGGCUACUUCUUGUAAAAGAGUAUGGUAUAUCAGAAAAGACUUCCUGUGGAGUGCCUCAGCAAGAUUGUUUUCUUGAGAUGGAACACAUGUUUGAUCCUGAUGAGCCAGGCUGCAACUCCUCCAAAACAGUGGUGCUUCAGGGAUGCCCAGGGAGUGGGAAAACAGCGAUGGUGCACAAGUUCAUGUUUGACUGGGCAGCAGGAAUGGUUACUCCAGGCAGAUUUGACUAUCUCAUCUAUGUCAACUGCAGAGAAAUAAGCCAUACUGCUCCUAUUAGUGCUAUUGAUUUGAUCACCAACACUUUUCAAGAUAUAAAAGAACCAAUCCUGGAUAUUAUCAUUGAAUAUCCAGAGAAGCUUCUGUUCAUUCUUGAUGGGUUUCCUGAGCUGCCAUACAUUUUCUGUGAGCAUGAAGAUGAUCUGAGUGAUAAUCCCCAGGAGAAGAAGCCAGUGGAGUCUCUUCUGUGUAGUUUAGUGAAGAAAACACUAUUUCCUGAAUCUUCUCUGCUGAUAACUGCCCGUCUUACAGCCAUGAAGAAGCUCCACUCUCUGUUAAAACAACCUAUCGAGGCAGAGAUCCUGUGGUUUCGAGAUGCUGAAAAGAGAGCAUAUUUCUUGAGUCAGAUAUCAGGUGCUAAUAGAGCAAUGAGUGUCUUUUAUGACUUGCGAGACAAUGAACACCUUGACAUUAUAUCCUCACUGCCCAUUGUCUCCUGGAUGCUGUGCAGAGUCCUGCAGUCACAGGAUGAUGAAGAUAAGCAUCUUAUGAGGUCACUGCAUACCAUGACUGGUGUUUAUCUGUUCUAUUUUUUUAAGUGCCUCCGAAACCUUAGAGGCAUCCCGAUGUGGAUGGGACAGAGUUGUCUGCAGGGCCUUUGCUCUCUGGCUGCAGAGGGACUGCAGAACCGUCAGGUUCUGUUUACAGUCAGUGACCUCCAAAGACACGGGAUAGGAAUUAAUGAUGCCAGUUGUGAUUUUCUCAAUCACUUCUUGAAAAAAGUGGAAGGGGAUGUUAAUAUCUAUACCUUCCUUCACUUCAGUUUCCAAGAGUUCUUAACUGCCGUGUACUAUGUCCUGAAGAAUGAUGACUGCUGGGUAGCUUUUAAUCAAGUUGGGAAAACAUGGCAAGAAAUAUUCCAACAAGUUGGAAAAGGUUUUUCCUCACCAACCAUACAAUUCCUAUUUGGACUCAUACAUAAAGGGAAGGAAAUGGUUGUGAAAAAUGUAUUUGGAAGACAAAUCUGUCAAGAACUUGAAGAAGAGUUGUUGAAAUGGACUGAGACAGAAAUGAAGGAUAAAACUGCCCGGUUACAGAUAGAGCCAGUUGACUUGUUUCACUGUUUGUAUGAGAUGCAGAACACAGAAUAUGCAGGGAAGAUAGUUGAUCACUUAGAGUCACUUGUGCUGCUCCAAGCUACCUAUACAAAAAUGGACACCUUGGCUAUGUCAUUUUGUGUCAAAAAUAGUCACAGUGACCUGUCAAUGUCUCUCAAGUGUCAGCACCUUCUUGGGUUUGAAGAGGAAAUACAUACGUCACUAUUCAUGCCACCAUCCAUGCCAACAGCAUCAAAUGUAUCAUUUAAUCACUCCUUUCUGCUGCAUAAUCAGUAUUCGUCCCAGCUACAUUUCCUCUGCCAAGCACUGCGUGAUCCAGCCUGUAAAAUCAAAGACCUGAAAUUGAUUUUCUGCCACCUCACAGCUUCUUGUGGUAGAGACCUCUCCUCAGUUUUUGAAACCAACCAGUGUCUGACAGAGUUAGAAUUUGUAAAGAAUACCCUGGAAGAUUCAGGAAUGAAGCAUUUUUGUCAUGGAUUAAAACACCCACACUGUAUGCUGCAGACUUUGAGGUUGUACCGGUGCCUUAUUUCUUCUGAUUCUUGUGGAGCACUAGCUGCUGUUCUUACUACCAAUCAGUGCCUCACUGAGCUAGAAUUUAAUGAGACAAAACUGGAAGCCUCAGCUUUGAAGUUGCUCUGUGAUGGCUUAAAACAUCCAAACUGCAAAGUACAGAAGCUCAAGUUAUGUGGUAGCCUUCUGCCAGAAAGCUCAGAGAUCGUUUGCCAGUAUCUUGCCUCUGUUUUUAUUUACAACCAAUACAUCACUGAGUUGGACCUGAGUGAAAAUCCCCUGGGGGACAAAGGGGUGAAAUAUCUUUGUGCAGGUCUCAGAAAUUACAACUGUAAAGUGGAAAAACUAGACUUGAGCAAAUGUUGCCUCACAGAUGCUAGCUGUGUGGACCUUUCUUCCUUCUUGAGAAGGAGUCUGACUUUAAAAGAAUUAUUUGUGUUUGCCAAUGUCCUGGGGGACACAGGAGUACAGCAUCUCUGUGAAGGUGUGCUGCAUACAAACAGCAUAAUUGAAAAUCUUGUGCUUUCUGAAUGUUCCCUCUCUGCAGCUUGUUGUGAGACCCUCGCCCAAGUCCUUUGUUUCAACAAGAGCCUGACAAAACUGCUUCUAAUUAAUAACAAAAUUGGAGAUUUGGGACUGAAAUUGCUGUGUGAAGGAUUAAAACGUCCUGACUGUCAGUUAAAGGAUCUGGCGUUGUGGACCUGUCACCUAACUGCAUCAUGUUGCCAGGAUUUGUGCAAUGCUUUGUAUACCAAUGAACACCUGACAGACCUUGACCUCAGCGACAAUGCCUUAGGGGAUGAGGGCAUAAAGGUUCUGUGUGAAGGAUUAGAACACCCGUCCUGCAAACUACAGACCUUGUGGAUAGCAGAAUGUCAUCUAACAGAUGAGUGCUCUGGAGCUCUCGCCUCUGUCCUCAACAGAAACGCGACGUUGUUAUUGCUAGACUUAAGUGGAAAUAACUUCACAGAUUUUGGAAUACAAAUGAUGUGUGAUUCAUUGAUUCAUUCAAGAUCUAAUCUUAAGACAUUCUAUAUUGACACAGAUUAUUUAUGUGAAGAAACAAUGAGAAGGAUGGAGCUUUUAAAAAUAAGCAACCCUGGAAUCACCUGGUAGUUUCCAAGGACAGUGCCUGAGCAGAUUGCACAUAUUCCCCUCCCCCUAGAGUACCACGUUUAAAAACUGUUCAGUAUUAUUUUCCCAAAUCCUUUCACCUUUGCUGAAGAUGCUAAGAAACAAGCAGCAGGGAUUGCUGUUUCUUCCAUAAAAGCAUCCACUAAAUAGAAUGCAAAUGGCAGAUGCACCUUAGUUCAAAGUGUUUUCAGCAAUAAUUCUUUACAUUCAUAUAUUGUGUUAUUGUGUUUACUGUACUGUUAUGAAAAUCCUUUAAGGUGAGAAGACCAGGUUCAGAGAAAUUGUGACUAGGUUUAUGUCACACAGUUCAUUAAUAGGAGUGUACAGACUUGAGUCCAGCUGGGUAUUCCUGCUGUAGAUUUAAGCUACAUUUUAAUUAAUGAAUGGGAGAGGCAGGGCCUUUUUUCAUGGAGAGAGUGAGACUGUAUGUGAGCCUUGAAGAAUGAAUAGAUUUCAGAUAGGCAGAGAUAAUGGCCAGUGCCUUUAAGUCUGCCUGCUUACAAGGCUGUGUUUGUGUGCAGCUCACCAGAACAGCCUAGGGAAAAAAAAUGUUUGCAUCAGAAUUUUGCAAGCUGCCACAAAAUCCAGUUUCCAGUUUCAACUUCAUUUCUAAACAUCUAGUAUCUCCGAAAUGUGUUGGUAUGUCUUCAUAGUUCCCAGGACUGACUCCUCAUUUCUAACAGCAUCUUGCUCAGCCCAGUACCAUUUCCACAUCUGCCAGUUUCUCCCAAACAGUGGAUGAGACAAGUAGGGAGAAAGAAAAUAGCACAAAGUCAGUGAAGCAGGAGCAAAUGUACUAUGGAAAUAGCAGAAAGCAGGCUAACCUUAUUAAAGUGUAGAAUUUUCUCUGGAAGCUAUUUGAUAAGCUGUGUGACCCUGAAUAAGUCACUUGGAUUCCUGAUACCUUAGUUUUCCUAUCUAUAAAUUAGGGAUACGUUGACAUUAGUCUUACCAGGACUCUUUCCCAACAUGCUCCCAAUUUCACAGUAGGCACUACUUAAUUAUGCCUGUUUGUAUGAGUGUGGAUGUUUAGUGUAUAACUGUACUGUAGUGUAGUCAUUGAACACAGAUUUUCUUGCCAUUGUCAUCAUUGUCAACUGCAUUUGAACUGUGUGUGUGUGUGUGUGUUUGUGUUUUGGAGGCAGAGAAUCCACUGGGGGAAGAGAUCAGAGUGAGAAGUUAUUCUAUGUGAUUGAUUGUUAGAAUGCCUCAUCCGUCACUAUCUAUCUCCACCUUCCCUGGUCCUCAUUACCCUGGGACAUGCUAACUCAGUAAGAACCCAGGAUCUGUUCUAAGAAGAGUCAAGAUAGAAUUUCCCAUUUUGUUUUAAGUGCUUUGUUGCCGUUAGGUAUUUAUCAUGUAUUUAUUGGACAUUUAUUGUGUGCUAGGUUUUGUGUCAUGUUUUGGAUUUACAGAGAUGAACAUACCUUUUCUUGAUACUUCCCCUACUAUGAUCUCUGACUAACCUAGUCCCUGUCCGUGUGGUAAAAAUCUGUUAAAACUCAGUCACAUUAGGAACUCAAAAGAUACAGGCAGGGCUAGAGGCAUGGCUCAAGUGAUAGAUUGCCUGUCUAUCAAACAUGAAGCCCUGAGUUCAAACUUGAGUACCACCCUAAAAAACCAAACCCUUUAUGGUAAAAAUUAAAUGGGAAAUGGAGAGCUAUGUGUAUAUAAGGGUAUGCACAUCUGGUUUGCUUACAAAAGAAUGUAUAUUCAUAUGUACAUGUGUCCAGAAAAUACAUACAAGGAGCUGGUAACUGAUUACUUCUGACUAGGGGAAUUUGGCAAGCAGAGUAGUAGGGAGAAAAGGAAAGGAACUUUCAUCUAUGGUCCUCCAUUUUCUACUUCAUAAUUUCACCAUGUACAUAUUAUGUUACUUUUAUAAUUAGUUGAAUUUAUGUUAAAAAAUAAAACUCAGGCUUUCUUUUGGCUUGGAACUACCAUCUUCCAAAAAUUUGUCAAAAUGAUGAAUACAAAGGGAAAGAGGAGAGGUACCCAAUACAUGUUCUCUAGGCCUUUCGAGGUAGUGGGCCCUGUUCAGAAAGGCAUGCCCCCCAGAUUUUACCAUAGCAAAACUGGAAGCGCCUAUAAUUUACCCAGCAUACUGUUGGGAUUGUUGAGAACAAGCAAGGGCAAGAUUCUUGCCAGGAGAAUUAAUGUGUGUAUUGAGCAUAUGAAGCAUGCUUAAGAGCUAGUUUCCUGAAUUGUGUCAAGGAAAACGGCCAGAAAAAGAAGGAAGCCAAAGAGAAAAGAAGCUGGUUUCUACUGAAGCUCCUGCCUGCUCCACUCAGAGAAGCACACUUCGUGAGAACCAAUGAGGAUGAGCUUGAACUCUUGGAACCUAUUCCCUUUGAAUUCAUGGCAUAAGAAAUGUAAAAAAAAAAAAAGAAAAGAAAAAAAAGACCACUGGACUAUUAAAAAACAAAACACCUCAGGGCUGAGGAUAUAGGGAGAAAAGGAAAGGGACUUUAAUCUAUGGUCCUCUGUUUUCUACUUCAUGUUUUUACCUUGUGCAUGGGUUACUUUUAUAAUUAGUUGACUUGAUGUUGAAAAUAAAAUGCAGGUCUGGGGAUCUAGGUCAGUGGUAUGUACAGCAAUUGUCUGGUUUAAAUCUCCAGUAUUGGAAAAAAUAAUAAACUUA